CGGAGGCGCCUAGUCUGUCGCCGCCCCCACUGGUGCCCGCGCUGCGGCGGUGGCUGGGGGCGCUAGGAGCGGGGGGCCGUGCGCUCCGCACCUGCGGAGGCCGCUGGACGAUGAUGCCGGAACGCCGGCCCAGGCCGCCGGCGUUCUGAGCUUAAGCGCAGCGCCCGCCCCGGGGAUGCCCAUCGCGCUGCUGGCCCUGGCCAUGUCGUCGUCCUUCUUCAACCCCAGCUUUGCCUUCAGCUCCCACUUCGACCCGGACGGUGCCCCCCUCAGUGAGCUGUCCUGGUCCUCAUCCCUUGCGGUGGUAGCUGUGUCCUUCUCUGGGAUCUUCACCGUCGUCAUCCUCAUGCUGGCGUGCCUGUGCUGUAAGAAGGGUGGCAUCGGGUUCAAGGAGUUUGAGAAUGCUGAAGGGGACGAGUAUGUGGCCGACUUCUCGGAGCAGGGCUCCCCGGCUGCAGCUGCACAGACCGGCCCUGAUGUGUAUGUCCUGCCCCUCACCGAGGUCUCCUUACCCAUGGCCAAGCAGCCGGGUCGCUCUGUGCAACUUCUCAAGUCCACGGACCUGGGCCGGCACAGCCUCCUGUACUUAAAGGAGAUUGGCCACGGCUGGUUUGGGAAGGUGUUUUUGGGGGAGGUACACUCGGGCGUCAGUGGCACGCAGGUGGUGGUGAAGGAGCUGAAGGUGAGCGCCAGCGUGCAGGAGCAGAUGCAGUUCCUGGAGGAGGCGCAGCCCUACAGGGCCCUGCAGCACAGCAACCUGCUCCAGUGCCUGGCCCAGUGUGCUGAAGUGACCCCCUACCUGCUGGUUAUGGAGUUCUGUCCACUGGGGGACCUCAAAGGUUAUCUACGGAGCUGCCGAGUGACAGAGUCCAUGGCGCCUGACCCACUUACCUUGCAGCGCAUGGCGUGCGAGGUGGCGUGUGGCGUCUUGCAUCUACAUCGACACAACUAUGUACACAGUGACCUGGCCCUGAGGAACUGCCUGCUUACGGCUGACCUGACAGUGAAGGUUGGUGAUUACGGCCUGUCGCAUUGCAAAUACAGGGAAGACUACCUCGUGACCGCUGACCAGCUGUGGGUGCCGCUUCGCUGGAUCGCGCCGGAGCUGGUGGACGAGGUUCACGGCAACCUGCUGGUGGUGGACCAGACCAAGAGCAGCAACGUGUGGUCCCUGGGUGUGACCAUCUGGGAGCUUUUCGAGUUGGGUGCGCAGCCGUACCCCCAGCACUCGGACCGGCAGGUGCUGGCUUACGCCGUCCGGGAGCAGCAGCUUAAGUUGCCCAAGCCCCAGCUGCAGCUGGCUCUAUCUGAUCGAUGGUACGAGGUGAUGCAGUUCUGCUGGCUGCAGCCAGAGCAGAGGCCCACGGCUGAAGAGGUUCAUCUACUGCUGUCCUACUUGUGUGCUAAGGGCACCACAGAAUUGGAGGAGGAGUUUGAGCGGCGCUGGCGCUCCCUGCGGCCCGGGGGCAGCACGGGCCUGGGCUCGGGUUCCGCAGCCCCAGCAGCUGCCACCGCCGCCGCCGCGGAGCUCACCGCUGCCUCGUCUUUCCCGCUGCUGGAGCGGUUCACCAGCGACGGCUUUCACGUGGACAGUGAUGACGUGCUGACGGUCACUGAGACGAGCCACGGCCUCAACUUUGAAUACAAAUGGGAGGCUGGCUGUGGCACUGAGGAGUACCCACCCUCGGGGGCUGCAUCCAGCCCAGGCUCGGCAGCGCGCCUGCAGGAGUUGUGCGCGCCUGACAGCUCACCGCCGGGUGUGGUGCCGGUCCUCAGUGCCCACAGCCCCUCAGUGGGUAGCGAGUACUUCAUCCGCCUGGAGGGGGCAGUGCCUGCUGCUGGCCACGAUCCAGACUGUGCUGGCUGCGCUCCCAGCCCCCAGGCUGUGACUGACCAGGACAAUAACUCUGAGGAGAGCACCGUUGCGUCCCUUGCCAUGGAGCCGUUGCUGGGCCACGCACCCCCAACUGGGGGUCUGUGGGGCCCCUGUGACCACCAUUCACAUAGGAGGCAAGAGUCACCCUGUCCCUCACGCUCACCUUCUCCUGGGACCCCGAUGUUGCCAGCUGAAGACAUAGACUGGGGUGUGGCUACCUUCUGCCCGCCCUUCUUUGAUGACCCACUGGGUGCAUCUCCCUCGGGGAGUCCUGGGGCCCAGCCCUCCCCCAGUGAUGAGGAGCCGGAGGAGGGGAAGGUGGGGUUGGCCGCUCAGUGUAGACAUUGGAGCUCUAACAUGUCAGCUAACAACAACAGUGGCAGUCGCGACCCAGAAUCCUGGGAUCCUGGCUAUGUUAGCAGCUUCACAGACAGCUACAGGGAUGACUGCUCCAGCUUAGAGCAGACCCCUCGGGCCUCCCCUGAGGUGGGCCAUCCCCUAUCCCAGGAGGAUCCCAGAGAUUUUCUCCCUGGGCUAGUAGCAGUCUCCCCUGGUCAGGAGCCAAGCCGUCCCUUCAACCUGCUCCCCCUGUGUCCUGCCAAAGGCCUGGCACCUGCUGCCUGCCUCGUCACAUCCCCUUGGACAGAGGGAGCUGUGGGUGGGGCUGAGAACCCCAUUGUGGAACCCAAACUUGCCCAGGAGGCUGAGGGAUCUGCUGAACCCCAGCUACCCCUUCCUUCUGUCCCCUCCCCAUCCUGUGAAGGAGCCUCACUUCCCUCGGAGGAGGCAAGCGCUCCUGACAUCCUGCCUGCCUCACCCACACCCGCUGCUGGCAGCUGGGUGACCAUCCCUGAGCCGGCCCCCACCCUGGAGAGCAGCGGCAGUUCUCUGGGGCAAGAGGCACCCAGCAGCGAGGACGAAGACACGACCGAGGCAACAUCAGGAGUCUUCACCGACCUGUCCAGCGACGGCCCACACACGGAGAAGUCAGGCAUAGUACCAGCCGUGCGCUGUCUGCAGAAGCAGGUGGGGACCCCUGACUCCCUGGACUCUCUGGACAUCCCGUCCUCAGCCAGUGAUGGCGGCUGUGAGGUCUUAAGCCCGUCAGCUGCUGGUCCCCCUGGCGGGCAGCCCCGUGCCGUGGACAGUGGCUAUGAUACAGAGAACUAUGAGUCUCCUGAGUUUGUGCUCAAGGAGGCCCAUGAGUCGAGUGAGCCUGAGGCCUUUGGGGAGCCAGCCUCAGAGGGUGAGAGCCCAGGGCCCGAUCCUCUGCUCUCUGUCUCCCUUGGUGGCCUCAGCAAGAAGAGCCCCUACCGAGACUCUGCCUACUUUUCAGACCUGGAUGCCGAGUCCGAACCCACCUUUGGCCCUGAGAAGCACAGUGGGAUCCAGGACUCCCAAAAGGAGCAAGACCUGAGGAGCCCACCUAGCCCAGGGCAUCAGUCUGUGCAGGCUUUUCCCAGGUCUGCAGUGUCCAGCGAGGUGCUGUCCCCUCCACAGCAGUCAGAGGAGCCCUUGCCAGAAGUCCCCAGGCCAGAGCCUCUCGGGGCUCAAGGCCCAGUUGAAGUGCAGCCUGUGCCUGGCCCAAGUCAUUCCAAAUGUUUCCCGCUGACCUCCAUUCCACUGAUCUCGGAAGGCAGUGGCACGGAGCCCCAGGGUCCCUCAGGACAGCUGUCAGGGCGAGCCCAGCAGGGGCAGAUGGGCAAUCCUAGCACACCCAGAUCCCCGCUCUGCCUGGCCCUGCCUGGCCACCCUGGGGCUUUGGAGGGCCGGCCAGAGGAUGAUGAGGACAGCGAGGACAGCGAGGAGUCUGAUGAGGAGCUCCGGUGCUACAGCGUCCAGGAGCCCAGUGAGGACAGCGAGGAGGAGCCGCCAGCGGUGCCCGUGGUGGUGGCUGAGAGCCAGAGUGCCCGAAAUCUACGCAGCCUGCUGAAGAUGCCCAGCCUGCUGUCGGAGGCCUUCUGCGAUGACCUGGAGCGCAAGAAGAAGGCUGUGUCCUUCUUCGAUGAUGUCACGGUCUACCUCUUUGACCAGGAAAGCCCCACCCGAGAGACUGGGGAGCCCUUUCCCAGCACAAAGGAAUCACUCCCCACGUUCCUGGAGGGUGGCCCCAGCUCACCCAGUGCCACCGGCCUGCCACUGCGGGCUGGCCACUCUCCUGACAGCUCUGCUCCUGAACCAGGCAGUAGGUUCGAAUGGGAUGGUGAUUUCCCGUUGGUGCCCGGCAAGGCUGCUUUGGUGACUGAGCUGGAUCCUGCUGACCCUGUCCUGGCGGCGCCUCCCACGCCAGCUGCACCCUUCUCACGCUUCACCGUGUCACCCACACCUGCCUCCCGCUUUUCCAUCACCCACAUAUCUGACUCAGAUGCCCAGUCCGUGGGAGGUAUGAGUGUGGUGGGGGCUGAGGUGGAGCAGAGGGACACCACGAAUGGGGCUCUAUGAGGGGUGAUUUGGUGGCCUCUGGUCUGCUGGACAUUGCCCUGUUAACAGUGUCUGCCCCCUGGCCUCUGGGCAGACAUUAUGUUCUGGUGGACCUGGCCUACUGCCUCCUGGGCCCAGGGCCUGCCACUCUGCCCUCCACAGCAGGAUGCUGGGUACCUGUUCUGUUCUUCUCAGUCUGACCGUAGACUCCCGUGACUUUACUAGAACAUUCCCAGCAUGGUGGUCUCUACUGUCACCAUCUAUGGCUCAUCUCUAAUCUGAGGUUCUUGCUAGGAGUCUCUGUAGGGACUUUACCCAGGUGGUGGUACCAUAUAGUUCAUUUUGUCAAGUCACGUGCCCCCUCCAACUGCCUAACCCGGAUAGGCUCCUCUACCAGGUUCUCCUCCCAUAGCCUACUCACAGUUUUGACCAGUCCUUUCUGCCUGUUCCUCCCCAGUUGCCCUGGCUGUGGUAACCUUGAGGGAAGAACUUGUCACCCUUGUCCCUGCAUGACUCUGACCAUGCCUUCUUUGUUUUGGCCUCAGUUUCCAUGUGUGCACAGACAUGGGAACAUUUGCUAAACAAAUGCUUUGGAUCUGGGUUACAGGUGUGUGUGUGUGUGUGUGUGUGUGUGUGUGUAAUAAGUGUGUUAUCCCUCAUCUAGACACAGGCCUACCACAUUGAACAGGCCUGCCACUGGGCCAGGCAGUUGCGGGUGUGGGUGAGGUUUGAUGUGUGAGAAUCUUUGUCUGAUAUCUCCCCACAUGCUCACAAAGCACCCCCUUUACCAGGCCCAGCAGCAGGUGCUGGGGGCCCAUACACAGAGGCUUGAGACCCAGGUAGUCCCACCCUUCGGAGGCUGGCAUCACUGGAGCCCCUGCCAUCCUGCCCAGGCAGCGACAAGGUUGGUGACUGACUGGGAAUGAAUGGGGACCACCGGCACCCUACAGCAUCCUGGAGAAGCAGGUGGACAAGAGGCCUGUAUCUAGCCCUAGACGCACUGGGCUGUGUACCUUCUCUGUGCUGCCCUGAUGGCAGAAUGUGUCCCGAGUGGACGCUGGGGUUUGCUGCUAGCCCCUGGAGAUACCUGUAGCCUGGGGGUCUAUGGGUGUCUGUAAGCUUAUGUGUACACACUCAAGAAGGGCCCCCUGACUCUUAGGUGACUCUCCACUCCUGGGAAGACCCUCCCUCCCCACCCUUCAGCCACUCUUCCUAUAUGGCUGUUGGUGGUAAACUGGCCUUAGGCCAGGACCAGGCAGUCCAAGGGCCUGUAUGCCCUUGUUGGCUAGGUCCUGCCAUGUGUUCAAAGGGCACUUGGCCAGGUUUCAGGAUGGCUUUAAGCCUUUAGGUCCCUUUUGGGUCCCCCCCACCUUUCUUACCUGGGUCUAGGUUUGCUCAGAGCAAGGUUGGACCUCUGGGCUCUAAGCCCUUAUCUCAGAGUCUGUGGCUAUUUCCCCUUCACUGCCUCUGUGGACGCCCUUCCCCACAGGGUUGGUCUGGAUUGUUCUGGCCUAGGUCCUGCCCAGUAGUAGGGGCUUCCAGGCUGCGGCUGGCUGCCUCAGAGAUGCCCUCUGCAGGGUAGUGUGGGCAGCUCUCUGUUGCAGGGCAGUGCCUGCCCCAUACCCUGGUUUGCUAGAGGAGAGUAGGGGGUACCCUACAGCCACUGGGGGCUCCUGCCUGCAGGCAGGGCUGGGAGAAAACAGGGCUGGGGUGGGCAGUAUAGGGAAUAUUUUUGUAACUUGCUGGAGUGAAUGAAAAUGGGGCGAUUCUAAGUUAUUGUUGCCAAAGACAUGUAAAGUAUAUUGUUGCUUUGGGAGUGGGGGCAAUGUUUUCUGUUUUGUUUUUGUUUCUGUUUUUAGUUUGAGGCUUAGGAUGGACGCUGGUGCAAUGAUUUUCUUGUUCCUUGUUUUUUAAGAGAAACCAAGCUAAGAAAAAAA